CGUCUCUCUAAAACAUCCCCGGCUGCCCGUCGAGCGCACUAUCAUCGGUCAAGUGCUUCUUAGAACGGCAAAUCUCCGACCGGACCUGCGGACCUGUCAGAAGUUUUAGUUGCCGUCCGAACUAAUUCGAUUCUAAACACCUUAAGCUUGUUUCAGGCCCACUUGUCUGCUAUGAAACUCGACGACUGGUCUUGCUAAGUAGUUGCCUGUACUGGGGCAACAUGUAUCUGCCUCUAGUCUGCAUUCCACGAGGUCUACUGCAUCUAGAUGAGAAAUCUGCCGUUUAGUCUCACUGGCGUGAAUUGUUACGGCCGUUACGUUGCGCCUAGACCCCUUACAACUCUUCCCCAAGGACGGCCCAAGAAUUGGGUCCCAAUCGACGCAAAUCAGUUCGCAUUUACGCCAAGGAAGCUUCGUCUCAUCUGCAUUGGAGCCGGUUUCUCUGGCCUGACUUUGGCUCACCGGAUCAAAUACAGCAAGAAGAAGCUGGGUGACUACGUGGACUUUGUCAUCUAUGAUAAAAACUCGACUGUUGGCGGAACUUGGGCUGAGAAUCGCUUCCCUGGACUUUGUUGCGAUGCUCCCUCGCACGUAUACACCUUUGACUUUGAACCGAACCCGAACUGGUCCACGUUUUACGCUUCAGGGGACGAAAUCCUCGACUAUAUUGAGACAACGACGAAGAAGUACAAGCUUGACGAGCUUGUUCAGCUCAACUCGAAGAUAACCGAGAGUAUCUGGGACGAGCCUUCAGGAAGAUGGAAGAUCAAGGUCCAACAGGGGGAUAAGAUUAUCGAGGACGUGGCUGACAUUUUGAUCAGCGGCGCGGGAAUCCUAAACAAAUGGUCUUGGCCGCAGAUCCCUGGCCUCAAUGACUUCAAGGGGAAACUCAUGCAUAGCACUCAGUGGGAUCCAUCGUACGAUUACGCGGGCAAAAGGAUAGCCGUCAUUGGAAAUGGCUCGUCUGGUAUCCAGAUUGUACCGGCGCUGCAGAAGACUGCCAAGAAGGUGGUGAACUAUAUUCGCCAUCCAACAUGGAUUUCCAUCAACUUUGGAGGACAGUUCACACCUCAGGGCGCGAACUUUGAGUACUCAGAUGAGCAGAAGCGGACUUUUGAGUCCUCACCAGAGGAGUUCCUCGCUUAUCGCAAGCAGCUUGAGCAUUCUCUGAACUUCGUCUACGGUGCUAUGCUUAAAGGAUCUCCUAUCAAUGCCAUGUUCAAGGACAUGUGCACUAACCUGAUGAAAGCACGACUUGGCAAUGACGAUGAUCUCGCGGCCAAGUUCAUCCCGAACUAUACUAUCGGUUGUCGUCGCCUGACUCCAGGAGAUGGCUAUCUCGAAGCCCUGCAAGCGGACAACGCCUCUGCUAACUUCACCCCAAUCGCGCGCUUCACCAGCGGAGGAAUCGAGACGACAGACGGCAAAGAAGAAGAGUUCGAUCUGAUCGUCUGUGCGACUGGAUUCGAUGUUGACUUUAUCCCGCCUUUCAAGCUUGUCGGGCGUGACGGCUUCGAGGUAAACGCCGCAUGGAAAAAGUCGAACCAGAAUGCGUACUUCUCAACAUGUGUGCCGCAUACUCCCAACUUCUUCAUGUUCCACGGACCUAACUGCCCUAUCGGUCAUGGCUCUGUGACGCGCGCUGUCGGCUGGCUAGCCGACUACAUUGUCGAGUGGACGGAGAAGAUUGCAACUGAGGGCAUCAAGUCCGUCUGUGUCAAACCAGACGUCGUCAACGACUUUAACAUCUAUAUACAAGAGCAGCUCCAGCGUACUGUCUGGGCUGAUGAAUGCGAUAGUUGGUAUACGAAGGGUGCCAGGGACCCUCAUCGUGUCGUGGCUAUGUAUGCAGGAAGUGUGUUGCAUUUUAAAGCGUGCGUGGAGAAAAUCCGCGGCGAAGACUUUGACUUCCAAUAUAUCUCACCAAAUCGCUUCGCAUUCCUUGGGAAUGGUGAACUCGCACGGGAAAAGGAAGAGGGCGCUGAUCUCGCAUAUUAUAUGACUGAAUAAGUAAGUACGAAAAAAAAAAUAUGAAGAAUGUACGCAGAAUAAGCAGGAUGACGCUGGCAAGAUGUGGGAUACGUGGAUAAAUACCUCUGCUCAAUCAAGAAACACGGG